CGCUGGGUCGCGCUCCAGCUGUGGGACGUGCGACUGUGGUGCGGAGGGUCGUGUCGCUCAGCUGCUGCGGCUGUGCCUCGAGCCCCGCUGUGCCCGCGGCCUCAGGCCCCGAAGCCCAGGGCUCCAGAAGGUUCGAGCUCCUGCAGGAGAUGAUGCUCCUCUGCGCCUUGCUCCUAGCCGGCGGCUGGCCAUUGGUCAUGGCUUCAGGUCAACAUUGGCCCUACAACAUGAGAUGCUAUGACUGUUGGACCAUCAACAACUUCUACUGUUCACGAUCUAUCUUGUGUCCCUUAAAUUUGAGGCGCUGCCUGACAAUCUCUGUUCGUUUGAAUGAACGGGAACUCCUUGUUUACAAGAACUGUACGAGCAACUGCACGUUCGUGUAUCCAUCCGAAGUACCCCCUGAAGCUCCGAGAUCCAAAUUUUUCAGAACUAAUAGUUUCUAUUUUGUUCGUUGUUGUAACACUAUUAAUUGCAAUGAGGGAGGAACACUUUCUCUGGAGAAGGAUAUCACCCUGGAGCAUGCAAUUGAGGAGACUCUGUCAGGGACCGGGCGCUUGGGGGAGUCAGCAUUUUUCCUGGGUGCUGCCUCCAUCCUAGUCAGCAAGGCACUGACGUGAGAAGCCCUCGUGGAGGGUCUGCCCCCCCCCCCAUUCCUCAGAGCAAGUUCACGAUCCAUCCCUCCCUCGUGAGCCAGGGGACCCUGACCCACAUGGCUUCCAGGUGGCGGGUUACCCCUUUGCAGCCUAGUUGGAGAGAGAAAUAAAGAGCAUCGUUGUUUGGACCCUGCUGCCCUGGAGGUUUCUUUGUGGCUUUAGCGU